AUGUCGGCCAGCGACAAGUCGAGGCAGUCUUCUGGCGGCAAGUCCUUCUUCUCCAGAAACAGAAACAAGGACAAGGACAAAGAUAAACGAUUCACAAGCGAUGAAGGUCGCCAUCUCGCUUCGGGCGACAACUACGACACGGCCAGCAUCGCACCCAGCACCCUAGGCUCGCGGUCGUCUCGCCACAACCGCGACUCCUCCAUCGUCUCCGUUGAUCGCGCCUAUUCAGACGACGGCCUCAGUCCCAUGGCUGGUGUCAUGACCAGCAUACCCUACGACAGCGUGCCAGCCGAUUCACGAUCCCCGAUAUCCGUCGACUACCUACCCAAGCCCGACCAGGCCCCGGUGCGCCGCGAACUGCUACCUCACCAGCUGAACAAGGCGACGGGCGACUUUCACCAAUACCCCAACGUUGACCCUUCCGCCAUGCAGGCUGCCGCCGGAUCCCAUCUUUCGGCGGCACGGCCGUCUGCCGGUCCUGGUGGGACCAACAUCACCAUGGCCACGACGGGCCGCCAGGCUAUGUUGCAACAGUGGGGGCCAGGCCCUGCCCGCAGUAGCGUCGCGAGCACGGUGAACGGCGCUCACAAUCCCAGAUACGACUCCUACAUGACCUCUGCAGGUCGCAAUUCUGCUGAUCAUUCCAGCGUCUUCUCAGGUAAUGGAGGUACCCACGAAAUGACAGCAGCCCGCUCAUCAAAACUAGCACUGCCGAGUGCUUCGUCACAGAGCUCCUUCUCACCGCACCAGUCCUACUACAGAGACUCGCACCGUCUGACGAAAUUCCCCGGCAUGAUGAGCGCCCCUCCCACCGGCGGCGGCCACGAAAGCUUUUAUUUCCCUAGACCGGACGAUGACCAUGUCAUCGAUCAAAUGUUCCUCGCCCUGAUGCAGAAGAGAGGAUGGCAUAACCUCCCCGAGCAGGCCAAACGCCAGAUGGUCGCAUAUCCGGCUUCGAAGAAAUGGACCCUGCUGCACCAGGACCGCCUUGCCGAAUGGCAAGGCGAGCAGAAGAGGAGGCAGACGGCAAGGCCAAACCAGUUCCCCGGACAGUUUGCGACCCCAGAUAUCCUAGUGUCCUCCGACGAGGAAGGUUCCCCGGAAUGGUACGUCCGACGCGUGAUGGACAACAGCUUGGACACGAAGGGACUGGGGAGCCUCGAAGUCAACCUCAGAACUCAACAAAUAGGAUGGGUCAAGCGCUUCAUCGAGUGUCAGGGACAAGUGGCCAUGACAAACGUCUUGCUCAAGAUCAACCGGAAGACGGCUCUUGGCCCGGCGGCUCCCGACCAAAAGGGUCCCGAUCGAAACCUUGAUCGCGAAUAUGAAAUCAUCAAGUGUCUCAAGGCCUUGAUGAACAACAAGUUUGGCGCCGAUGAUGCCCUGGCUCACCAGCAGGUUGUCAUAUCACUUGCAACAUCACUCAUCUCCCCACGACUCAUGACAAGGAAGCUGGUCAGCGAGGUGUUGACAUUCCUGUGUCACUGGGCCGAUGGGCAAGGCCAUCUCAAAGUCAUCCAGGCAUUGGAUGCCGUCAAGAGCCAGGCAGGCGAGAAUGGACGAUUCGACGCCUGGAUGCGCCUGGUCGAGGUCACUGUCGAUGGCCGCGGCAAGAUGGGCAGCUUGGUUGGUGCGAGCGACGAAGUCCGCAGCGGCGGCAUUGGCAUGGAGAACCUGCUCAUGGAAUACGCCGUGGCCACGAUGAUUCUCAUCAACAUGAUUGUCGAUACGCCGAGGGAGCUUGAAAUGCGGAUACACAUUAGAGCCCAGUUCCUGGCUUGCGGCAUCAAGAGGAUCCUCACCAAGAUGGAGUCGUUCCAAUACGAUCUCAUCGAUAAGCAACUCGAGCGCUUCCGAACCAACGAAGCUAUCGACUACGAGGAUAUGCUCGAGAGGGACAAUAGCAGCAUCAAGGACUCGAUCGAUGCCGAGGUCAAGGACCUGAACGACCCCGUCCAGAUUGUUGAUGCCAUCCAGCAGCGGCUUCAGGGCAGCAAGACCCAAGACUACUUCCUCUCGGCGCUUCAGCACCUGUUGCUCAUUCGCGACACGGAUGGCGAGGAGCGCCUGCGCAUGUUUCAGCUCGUGGACUCCAUGUUGAGCUAUGUAGCGAUGGACCGCAGGUUACCGGACAUGGACUUGAAGCAGAGCCUCAACUUUACCGUCCAAAGUCUCUUGGAUAAACUUCACACGGACUCGGAGGCCCGACAAGCUCUCGAUGAAUCUGUGGAGGCGCGGCAGAUCGCAGAUGCCGCCAUGGCAGAGCGCGACGAGAUGAAGGCUCAGCUCGAAUUGGGCGCUGACGGCCUCGUGGCGAAGCUCCAAAAACAGCUCGAGGAACAGCAGAGGUUCAUCGAUGCUCAACGGCGACAAGCGGAGGGACUCAAGGCCGAACUCGAGAGCCUCCAGACUGUGCGUCAGAAAGAAGCGCAGCGCAACGAGCUGGAGACCCGAGAGCUUUACCUCAUGCUCAGAGAUGCUCAGGAUGUCGCGGCAUCCAACGCCGCCAAGGGCAACAGUAAAAUCCCAGCCGAGGAUCCGACGCGUAUGCAGGGCAUCCUCGACCGUGAACGCCUCAUGGAGCGUCUGCAGAUGCAGAUUGAGCGCCAGAAGACGCAAUUCAAGCUCGAAGGCAGGGUAUGGGGUGACGCCGUGGGACCGUCUGACCGUCUGCGUGCACUGCGUGAAGAGAUGGACGACGGCAGUGCCCCUCAGGGCGCCGGCACACCGCCUAGGGACUUUACCAACAGCAUGCUGGGCAGCGUCCAACGCCACACCAAGAUCAGCCGCAAGCCGUUGCCCCGUAUGGUCGAGAUCCGCAGGCCCGUUGUGGAUGCCAAACAGCAAGCCGCCCUUCAUGGCGAGAUGGCCACCAAGUUCAAAAAGUACGACGCCAGCGACUCGGAGGAUGGCGAAGAUCGAAGUCACCGGCGCCGCUCCGCCCCGCCACCUCCGCCACCUCCACCUCCGAUGCCCGGCCAAGCUGGUGCACCCCCUCCGCCUCCGCCUCCGCCUCCACCACCUCCUCCUCCGCCCCCGAUGCCCGGCAUGCUCUCCCCUGGCGGUGGGCCACCACCGCCGCCGCCGCCUCCCCCUCCCCCGCCAAUGCCGGGUGCGCCUGGUAUGCCUCCUCCGCCGCCGCCCCCAAUGCCUGGCGCGAUAUCUGGACACUUCCUGUCGCAGAACACGGCAAGCUUCUCCACAGGACCCUCGAUCGGGCUGCCCGUGGUUCGGCCGAAGAAGAAGCUCAAGGCCCUCCACUGGGACAAGGUCGAUUCGCCCAUGGCGACGCACUGGGCCGCUCAUACCCCGUCUGCGGAGGAGCGUGAGGAGAAGUAUCUCGAGCUCAGUCGCAAGGGCAUUUUGGACGAGGUCGAGAAGCUCUUCAUGGCCAAGGAAACGAAAAGACUCGGCCAAGGUGGCGCGAAGAAGGAUGACAAGAAGCAGAUCAUCUCUGCUGAUCUGCGCAAAGCGUUUGCAAAGACUGGACCCUGUGCCGAGUCUGAGAAGGAGAACAGGGAGCAGGACCCCGAAGAGCUCACACGGCAGGACCAGAUCUUCCUGUUCACUGCGUUUGAGUUGCACCACUACUGGAAGAGCCGAAUGCGCGCGCUGGCCUUGACGAAGAGCUACGAGACGGACUACGACGAGAUUACGGACAAGAUUCGCAAGGUCAUGGCCGUCUCGGAAUCGCUGCGAGACUCGGUGUCUCUCAUGAACGUUCUCGGCCUCAUUCUCGAUAUUGGCAACUACAUGAACGAUGCCAACAAGCAAUCUCGCGGUUUCAAGCUCAGCUCCUUGGCGCGUCUGGGUAUGGUCAAGGACGACAAGAACGAGUCGACGCUCGCUGAUCUGGUCGAGCGCAUUGUGCGGAACCAGUACCCCGAGUGGGAGAACUUUGCCACGGACAUUGGUGACAUUGUGGCGGUGCAGAAGAUCAACAUUGAGCAGCUGCAGUCCGACGCCAAACGAUACAUGGACAAUGUCCGCAACGUCCAGAUGUCGCUCGACUCGGGCAACCUCAGCGACUCGAAGAAGUUCCAUCCGCAGGAUCGCGUGGGCCAGGUGGUCCAGAGGCACAUGAAGGAUGCGCGCAGAAAGGCCGAAGAGAUGGAGCUCUACCUUGAGGAGAUGUCCAAGUCGUACAACGACAUUAUGACCUUUUACGGCGAGGACCCCACAGACGACAACGCGCGGCGAGACUUCUUCUCGAAGCUGGCGUCGUUCCUCACGGACUGGAAGAAGUCGCGCGAGAAGAACAUGCAGUAUGAGGAGACACGAAGGCGUAACGAAGCCUCGAUGAAACGCAAGCAUGCGCAGCUCAAGGUGACGGGUGGCGCGGUCGAAGGCGCGCCUCCGUCCCCGUCGAGCACGGGCGCCAUGGACUCGCUGCUCGAAAAGCUGCGCGCAGCGGCACCUCAGACGCGCGACCAGAGAGAUCGACGGCGCAAGGCGCGUCUCAAGGACCGGCACCAGGUCCGCGUGGCCUCGGGCCAGAAGAUCCCCGACCUCAACGAGAUACCCGAGGUGGAGGCGGCGCUCCAAACAAAGGAGGCCGUCAUCGACGAAGAAGGAAGCGUUGUCAGCCCAGGGCUGUCCUCGCCCCGGGAGGACGGAGAGGACGACGUGGCGGCGCGCGCGGCGCUGCUCCUGCAGGGCAUGCGCGGUGGCGAUGGAGCGGACGACGACGACCCGGAGAAGAGGGAGAGCAUCCGCCGAUCGAGGCGGCAGACGGCAGAGGAAGAGAGGAAGAUGAGGAGGAGGAGACGGGAAAAGGCCAGCACGGUGAGCUCGAGCGACGGCGGCGACGCGGCGACGCAGGCCGAGACGAGCAAGGAGGAUAUACCCCCGACACCAACCAUUGAAGAGACCCCGGCAGAGGCGAUCGAGGGCCCUGCUCCCCCCACCAAUGUCGGCUCUGGGCACCAUUCAACAACGGCUCUCCAGCCUACAGCCCACAGCCCACAGCCCACAGCCCACAGCCCACAGCCUGCAGCCUGCAGAUCAUCAGAUCCCAUUUAG